GUAAACUCACACAAUUCAAAUUCAGUUUGCCAACCGAUUACCCGAAAAUUAUACUCCAUAUUUUUGCGCUUUUGAAUUCAUAGUUCUAUAAGAUACACUAGCGAUAUGGCGGACGUUUUGGCGCGCAUUACGCGCAUUUCGGCCAACUACCUCGAGGAAAUGGCGGAGGAGGAGCCCCAGGGACCGCCAAAACUGACCAGGGCCCAAAAGAAGGCCAUCAAGAAGGAGGCCAAGCGACAGGCGAUGUUCGAUGAGAAGCGCCUCAUCAUGCGGGAUGCCCUGAUGCGGGAACUGGAGAUGGGCAAGCGCAUGGAGGAGAAGGGCAACGAGGAGUGGCACGAGAUGUGUCGCGAGAUUAAGAUCAAGGAGCUGAACGAGGAGAUGACGGCGUGGGGCGAGCGCUCGGAGCGGAUCAUCCAGGCGAAGAACGACCACAUCAAGAUGCUCCUUGACGACAUGUCGCAGACGCAGGAUCAGCACGUGCGUUGCUACAGCAAGACGGUGGAGCUGAUCGACCACAUCCGCGACUGCUUCCACGUGAUGCUGGGCGGGGUGCGGAGCAUGUACGACCAGCAGGCGGACGAGAUGCUGCGGGACUACUACGAGGAGGUGCGCCGACGCACCGAGGAAGUGGAGGCCAUGAAAUCGAACUCGGAGAACAUCAUCCAUGCCACCAACAUCACCACCAGGGAUCAGAUUAAGGAGGACUACACCAUCUAUCUGGAACAGCGCGACGAUCGGGUGAACACCGAGAUUGAGAACCGGUUCAAGAUCCGGGAUCAGAUAGUCCGCCGGAUGACGCACAUGCAGCAGCAGCUCAACGACUUCGUGGAGUCGUUAAGGAGCACCGAACUGGACGCCCACAAGUACGAGAAGAUCCACUGGCUGACGGAGCGCCAGGCGGCCUUCAUGGAGGAGUCCCGAAAGCUAAAUGCCGAGGAGUCCAAGUACAUCAACAUGCAGGCCGACCUCCAGCGCGAAAUGGUUCGCAUGGAUGUGGAGAACAACUCCACGCUGAAUGACCUCCGCCUGGAGUUCCAGUACUUCACCAACGUGCGCAAGAAGAUCGAGCUCAACCAGGAGAUGGACCGCGAGAUCACCCACGAGAAGCUGCGCAUCCUCACCGGCGAGUGCUACGAAUUGACAAAGCAAAUGGAAAAGCAUGUGAAGAGCGGGGAGUUACUUUUGGCCCUGUCGAUCACCUGCAGGAAACUGCAGACCGAGGCGGAGAAGGUAAUCCUGGGCGGCGAAGUUUUCGACGACACCGAGGUGGAGGUGAACGAGAACUUUAAGCUGCAGACCCUCAACCUGAAGGAUCACGUGGACAUAAGCGAGGAGGAACUGGUGGAGCUGAACAAGAGCCUGAAGAACUUCUGGCGCCGCCAGGCGAUGGCCGAGGCCCAAAACCUGCUGAUGCUGGAGGAGAAGCGCCGCCUCACCGAGGACAACCAGCGCCUGAUCGACUUCAUCAAGUCCAUGAGCGUCACCGAGGAUCCCGAGGAACUGCGAACUGCCAUGCAUGUGUCCUCCCCGAGUCAGCCCAUGCCACCCAAGCUCUUCGACACCAAGUGCCAGGAAUUCAGAUCCAGGAAGGUCCUAAGGUCUCCAACGGCACACAAAGAUGCCAAAUUCGAAUCCCAAGCCAUUUUAACCGAAGUCAUCUUGGAUUAUUAAUACCAUACUUAAGGCGUCCAUUAAAGUCAACUGUUUGAUUUCAGUGUAUAAAUAUUAUUUUGGGAUGAUAUUAAAUUUUAAAAUUA